AUGACGCCGUACUACGAUAAUUCCAGUCUCAGCAACCUCCCGGAUGCCACCCGUGCAGUCGUAUUCGAAGUCGUUGGAGAGGCGAUUCAACGUAUCCGUCGCGCUCUCCAAGUGGUGCCAGUCAGUGGCAACCUAUUUGCUGAGCGCUUUUGCACCGCUACAUUUUCCACUAUCCCUCCAGUCUGUCAUUCGAUUGCUGAGAACGAGUUAUGUCUGGAAAUGCCGAUGCCGGAUGACCACUUUGCUUCAAUAAGGUACUGCGACAAAUGCACUUCCAGUGGUUGCACUGUUGAUUCUUGUACAAUAACCCCAGCCGGAACGGGAGUGUCUAAAACGGAUUUCCUCGUCUACGUUCGAGCUGAAGACACGGAUACUUGUAAGAGCAGCAACACUUUAGCAUACGCGUCGACAUGUCAGCACGACCAGUACGACCGUCCUACGUUCGGGAUGGUUAACUUCUGUCCAAAUAAGCUCAGCACCUCGGAUUCGGUUUUCGAGCGCCAGGUAUCAACAGCGCUUCAUGAGUUUUCACACGCUCUCGGCUUCUCGUCACGAUUCUUUCCACUAAUGCGAGGGGAGGAUGGAACACCGAGAACACCACGAGAUGAAAUAGGAAAUCCGCCUAUCUUGAAUGUAGGAACCUGUCCAAACGGUAAGCAAAUCGACUACUACGUGGAACCUUCCAACACAACAAUCAAGUAUUCGACUGAGAGAAAUCAUGUAGUGGCAAAAAUGGUGACACCACGAGUACGCGCGUUUGUUCGAGACCAUUUCAACUGCUCUACGCUCGAAGGUGCCGAGAUCGAGUCUCAAGACGGUGGAUGUAUCGGGUCUCAUUGGGAAGAGCGACUAUUUGAGCCCGAGUUUAUGACCCCUGUGGACAGUUAUCACAACGUCUUCAGUGCUCUCACACUCGCGUUCUUCGCAGAUUCCGGUUGGUACCAAGUCAACGCCUCUACGUCGGAGGUGAUGCAUUUUGGUCGAAAGAAAGGGUGCUCUUUCGCAACAGAGAAGUGCAUCGAUUCGAUGACACAAGCACCGAUAGCCGCAGAUACAUUUUGUACGACAUUUUCGACAGAAUUUCAGGGCUGUUCAGUUGAUGCCUCAUCUCGCGCUAUAUGCUCCUUGAGCACUGAAAACCAAUCGAUUCCGACAGAAUAUCAGUAUUUUCCAGAUCAACCAACGAAAGGAGGAGCGAAUUCUUUCGCCGACUUCUGUCCGUUAGUUCUGGGCUACACAGCGGGCGAUUGCACCAUCUCGACCAAUCUUCUGCAACUUGGUAAAUCCAACAUCAACGCGUUUGGUGAAACGUAUUGCCCCACUUGUAAGUGCACACAGACGUCUCUCCGUAGUGAGGAUUCUACACUCUGGACGAUAAAUCCACCUAGACAGAGUGGUUGUUAUGCCAUGCGAUGCUUCGUCAAUGUGAACUCGAGUGUCACGGUCCAGCUUACGAUCCCACGUAGCGCUGCGCAAGAUUCUGUGAACUUCAACUGCACCAUAAAGGGCGAAAAACUAUCCGUACCGGGCUUCUCCGGGGAUAUCACGUGUCCAGAUCCGGCGGUUGUUUGUGAAGGAGAGAAUUCAAACAGCGACCUGCUUGCUUUCGACGACACUCGCGCUACCACCAACUCGAGUAGCAGCGGAAGUUCUGACACCGGCAGCGGAACAAUCAUGACAGGCACGGAGUCGAACAGCGUUGAACUUCAUAAGGGGUCAUCACUUUGGGCAUUAUUUGGCGGAUCGUUACUUGCCGCAGCAAAUAUGAUGUAGAUACACUGGGUAGCUUUACUUAGAGCAAGAAGAUUAAUACAGUAU